AAAUAGACGGCUAUGGCUGCUGAGAGGGCUGGAGGAGACAACAACAAUAACGAGGACAUGGGGAACCAGUUACAGCUCUUUCCAGAAAACGAGGAAGAGGAAGAGGAUGACAUGGAAACAGAGGAUCGUGAUGGAGAAGAUGCAGAAAAGCCAAAUAUUAUCAACUUUGACCCCAGUCUGCCCACAUCGCAUGCAUACCUGGGCUCAGACAUGGAGGAGUUCCACGGGCGGACACUUCACGAUGAGGACAGUGUCCAGAGCCUGCCUGUUCUUCCUCACGCCGCACUCAUCCUCAUCCCCGGACAGACGCUGCCGCUGCAGCUGUUCCGACCCCAGGAGGUCAGCAUGAUCCGCAACCUGGUCAGUCAGGACCGCACCUUCGCCGUGCUCGCACACAGUCCUGGUGAAAGCGGUGAGUUAGAGGCGGAGUUUGGGACGACAGCGGAGAUCUAUGCAUUCCGUGAGGAGCAGGAGUACGGCAUUGAGACGGUCAAGGUCAAAGCCAUCGGCCGUCAGCGCUUCAGAGUCCACGACAUACGCACACAGGCGGACGGGAUUCGGCAGGCGAAAGUGCAGAUCUUGCCUGAGAGAAUUCUUCCAGACCCUCUGUGUUCACUAAACCUGCUCUCCCGUUUACAUAUCCACAGUCCUGUGUCUAAACACACACACACACCACCCCAGGGCCAGCGCUGCCGCACAUGCAGACAGAGGAAGCUCCGCUCUGCUAGUAUGACAUCAUGGCCUCCUUGGGUUUACGCCCUCUAUGACUCGGAGACUUUGAUGAGUCGAGUGAAGAAACAGCUCCAUGAAUGGGACGAAAAUCUAAAAGACGAAUCGCUCCCAACAAAUGCCAUAGAUUUCUCUUACAGAGUGGCAGCCUGCUUGCCCAUAGAUGAUGCUCUCAGGCUGCAGCUCCUGAAGAUUGGCAGUGCCAUACAGAGACUCCGCUGUGAACUGGACAUCAUGGACAGGUGCACUUCUCUCUGCUGCAAACAGUGUCAAGACACAGAGAUAACCACCAAGAACGAGAUUUUCAGUUUGUCUCUCUAUGGGCCCAUGGCGGCCUAUGUGAACCCACAUGGCUAUGUACAUGAGACUCUGACUGUCUACAAGGCCAGUAACCUCAACCUGAUUGGACGACCUUCCACUCUGCACAGCUGGUUCCCUGGAUAUGCAUGGACCAUAGCGCAGUGUCGAACCUGUGGCUCUCACAUGGGCUGGAAGUUCUCGGCUGUGAAGAAGGAUCUGAGUCCGCCUCGUUUCUGGGGUCUCACGCGCUCAGCGCUCUUACCCACAAUCCCACAGGGCGAGGAGGGCGUGGAGGGGUCGCGGUUGCUCUGCCUGUGAUCUCCACCUGACAUCUGAUCUCAUAGCUCACAGCAAACACACACACACACACACACACACGCUCACACUCCAGAGGUGUCCGCAACUCCCUGAAACACUGAACUCUUAACAGAGAGAGACAGAGAGAGAGUGACAGAAAAGUACAGAGGAGAGAAGUAGGGAGAGAGAGAAACAAGAGAACUGGAGGAAAACCAAAAACGAAAACGUGGAGGGGGCGAGAGACAACGAGAGAGAGUUAAAGAGAGAGAGAGAGGAGGAAGACGAGGGAUCAUGUGAUGAAGGCAGAAACAGAAACAAAAACAGACACAGGAAAAAAGCGAGAGAAAGAACCUUUUCCCUUCCAUAUUACAAUGAAACGCAUUGUAUAAACUUGUCACACAUGCUCUGUCCAAAAAAAACAAACAAACAAACAAAAAAACACAACAACCAACAGCAUAAAACAGUAAAGCACUUCAGCCACUGUCCGCUGCCUUUUCAUUUAGUCCAGCACCCUCUCGUUCUUAAUCUGAGGGUUUGUCUUGUCACGUAGGGAGAAGAGUUUGUGAUUCACUGACAUCUUAAAACCCAAACAGAACAGCGCCGUUUCUUCAGAAUUCUUUUCCAUUUCUUUGUUUCUGAGUUUUGAAAAUGGUCGUAUGUUUGAGUGAUUUGAGCCAAAUGAGCGUUGAAUGCCUUUUUAAAAAAAAAAGAAAGAAAGAAAGAAGGAACGAAAAAAGUGAAGGAGCUACUUUGCAAAAGCUCUCUAUUGGCUACAGUGAGCUGGUGUCAUGGUUUGAUUGACAGCAGGUUCUAGAAGCCUUUGCGUGUG